AUGGUGGUCGACGCCUUGAGCUGUAAAGAGAUAUCCGAUCUGAGAGCCUUGUUUGCCAGUUUGAGUUUGUUUGAUGAUAGUAGCAUGUUAGCAGAGUUACAAGUUGAGCAGAGAUCGAGUUCAGACUAUACAUUGGAUCAAGAUGGUAUUUUGUGCUUUCACAGUUAUUACUGCAUCCUUAAAGAUGAUUUGUUGAAACAUGAUAUUCUUCAGGAGGCUUAUAGUAGUCCUUAUGCUAAGCAUCCUAGCGGGGACAAAACGUACAAGAAUCUCAAGGAGCACUACUUUUGGGCUGGUAUGAAAAAGAAUAUUUUAGAUUUUGUAGUGAGGUGUCUAACUUAUCAGCAUGUUAAGGAAGAGCACCAGUAUCCGUCUGGAUUGUUAUAG